UCUCAAAUAUAUCCCAUGACAACCAAAAAAAAGAAAGAAAAAUCAGAGUUGGUGGAAUAAAAAAUGUGCUUACUUCUAAGUUCCAGCUUUUCGAUAUACAAAUUUAUAAGCUCUCGUUAUCUGAGUAGCUCGUGUGGGGUUUUUCCUUUUGGGAAAGUUGGGGAAGGUUUGAAGAGUCUCUGUAGAGACUGCUUUUUCUAACUGCUGCUUUUUUCUCUUUUGGAGUCUUUGGCUUCUCAAACAGCAAUAUAAAAUCAUGGGUUGGAUGAUGAUUCCCUGUUCUGGUAAUUCCAACUGUAAAGCAAAAACCAAGAAGAAAAGGAAGAACAAGAUUGAGUUACAGGAUAAGCCACUUGAUCAGAUCAAACCCACUUCAGAAAUGCGGCUUAUACUCCUGGUAUUGCAUAUAGCCAUGCAGGAUUGUUUUCGGAAAGCUUGGCAUCAUCUGCAAAAUCCAGCUCAGUCUUUAUUACAAUUUAGUUGCUAUAUUUAUGAGAAGUUUAUAGGUUUUUCAAAGACUAGUUCCAUUUUGAGUGUCAAGGAGGAUCCAAAAGAUCGAGGGUCUGAUCACAUUGAAGCACAGACUUUUGUAUUUCGUGAAUUGGCAGCUGCAACUAGAAAUUUCAGGGCAGAAUGUCUUUUGGGUGAAGGUGGAUUUGGUCGAGUAUUCAAGGGACGUUUGGAAAGGACAAAUCAGGUAGUGGCUAUCAAACAACUUGAUCGUGAUGGAUUACAAGGGAACAGGGAAUUCCUUGUUGAAUUGUUGAUGUUUAGUCUUCUUCACCACCCCAAUCUUGUUAAUCUUAUUGGUUAUUGUGCGGAUGGAGAUCAAAGGCUUCUUGUUUAUGAAUAUAUGCCCCUAGGGUCAUUGGGCGACCAUUUACAUGAUGUGUUACCAGGUAAGAGACGACUUGAUUGGAAUACGCGAAUGAAAAUAGCCGCUGGUGCAGCGAAGGGAUUGAAGUAUCUACAUGACAAAGCAAGUCCUCCUGUUCUACACAGAAAUUUGAAAUGCUCCAAUAUUUUGCUCGGUGAAGGGUAUCAUCCAAAGCUGUCUGGUUUUGGCUUAGCCAAACUUGGGCCUGUUGGGGAUAACACCCAUGUAUCUAAAUGGGUAAUGGGAACGUAUGGAUAUUGUGCUCCAGAGUAUGCAAUGACAGGGCAGUUGACUCUUAAAUCAGACAUUUAUAGCUUUGGUGUAGUUCUUUUGGAAAUUAUAACAGGCAGGACAGCGAUUGACAAUACCAGAGGUGCAGGAGAACAGAUUUUGGUUGAGUGGGCAAGAACCUUGUUUAAAGACCGAAGGAAACUUUCGCAAAUGGCAGACCCAACGCUCCAGGGUCAGUAUCCCAAAAGGGGGUUGUACCAAGCUCUUGCAGUUGCGGGAAUGUGUGUUCAGGAGCAGCCUAAUAUGCGGCCAGUUAUAGCUGAUGUCGUCACAGCUUUGACUUACCUUGCUUCACAGAAGUAUGACCAUGAAACAGAGCCAGUCCAAAGCUCCCGUCUUGCCCCUUGUACUCCCCCUAGAACCAAGAGGGAUAUUGAAAAGGAAGCUCAAUUGUGGUAGUGGACACGCCAACCAUCGCAAUGUUAUGAUAGUAUCUGAUAGAUGCUCAUACGGUAUGGAGUCUGAACUGAUAUUGAUCGUGGAUGAUAACAUGCCAUCAGAUCCUAAUUCUGAAAGUUUCUUCCCAUCUCCAUUUCGUGUCUCAUCAGUCAUCAUCAGCAAAUAGUGUUUCUCUUCUUUGUUUUUUCUUCUUGAAUAUAUACAGAGCCGGAAUGCUGUAUUAUAUAUUUGUGUGCCUUCGUGCAGUGAUUUUGAUUUGUAUUUUUACAUCUUUAUUCUUCAAAUAUCUAUAGAUCCGGAGGUUUCGUUUCAUCCUACCUUCUCUUUUCAAGUAUUCGGGGGUAUAGUUCUGCUGUGUUGUGUAAAAUGUAAUUUCCAAGCCCUGUCAAGAUUGCUUUGUAUUACUUUUUCAUUCGUUUAUAUGAAAAGCCUGUGGAUGCUUGGAAUGAGAAAUGUUUGUAUAUGUGAACGGAUUGAUGAACUUGGCUUAGAGUGCAAGGCAAGUUUUAUAAAUAAUACACAAGAUUUAUGCUU